AUGGGUAGUUCGCCAUCUUCAUUCUCAAAUUUUGAGGCAACAAUUCAAAUAAAAGAUGGAAUAACAUUUAGAAUAUCAUAUGCCGAUUUGGUUGAUCAUGUUUUGUUACUUCGAAAAGUUAUUUCACAUCCAGAAAUGACAGAACAAGGAGUUGAAUUAGAUUAUUUUAUUCAAGAUUAUUGUAAACGGAUGGCACAACAGGAAAUGAUAAGUAAAAAACAACAAUUAAAACUUCCAUGGCAAACUGAAUGGAUUUGGCACGUGCAUCGUCUGCAUCCAAUAGCUUAUUUCAAUGAUUGUACAAAACAACUACAAGGUGGAAAUCUUGUUGAUAAAUUAGCGUACAAUUUAAUAGAAAAGCGUUACAAAAAACAUGAUUCAAAAACAGUUUUUACAUCAAUAAAAAAUGACUCAUCGUUUGUACCAUCCAUUGAUUUAACACAAGCUGUUAUUCGUCAACGGGAUUUUCUACAAAACUUUCAAAAACAUGAUCUAUCUGAACGAAGUUUUAAACAACAAGAUCUUUCAUAUUUCGAACAGUUAGUACAAAAUUAUGUUUUGUUUCUCAAAUUAGCACGAGAAAAUGAAAUGAUUGUACCAACAUUUGACAUUGAUAUAAUUUGGCAUUCACAUAUGAGACGUCCAGUACAUUAUCGUACAGUUUCAAAAGCUUUAUGUGGAUUUGUUCUCGAUCAUGAUGAUGCAAUCGAACAAAAUAUCCUAUCAAGUAGUUAUCAGAAAACGGCUGAGCGAUGGAAACAGGCAUACAAUACAGAUUAUGACCAUAAUAUUGAUCGAAAAAAUAUCGAAGCAUCACUAUAUGUCAGUUCAUGUGCAGCAGUUGGGAGUGGAUGGGAUUCUAUUUGUGCUGGUGGAGGCGGCUGUGGUGGUGAUGGAGAAGGAGAUGGAGGUGGAUGUGGCGAAGAUUGCGAGGACUAA